AUGACCAUCGUUAUCAGAACCAAGAAGAUUUUAGUCAAUCCCUUACUCUCAAGAAGAUAAUUAUCUCUUGACGUCUUACACCCUGAUUCCCCUACCGCUUCCAAGGAAAAGAUCAGAGAAGAAUUGGCCAAGCAACUCAAGGUCGAUGCUAGAAACGUCGUCGUUUAUGGUUUCUCCACCCAAUAUGGUGGUGGUAAGUCCACUGGUUUCGCUCUUGUCUAUGACAACCAAUAAUACCUUCUUAAGUAUGAACCUAACUACAGACUUAGAAAGGUUAAAAUCCUCGGUGAAAAGCCCAACACCAGAAGAUCUUUCAAGGAAUUGAAGAGAAAGAUCAAGAGAACCUCCGGUAAGGCUAUCACUAAGCUCUUAUCUGAAAAGAAGGGUGACACUUGGGCCUCCGUCCAAUCUAAGAAGUCUGAUCACCUCAAGAACUUCGUUGCUAAGUGA